UGUGGUGAUGAUCAUUAGGUUGUGUUUAGCUUGUGUUUAUACUGUAAAAAUAAUUUUUAGUGUUAUUAAUUAUUUUAAUUAUAAUUAUUAAUUAAAUUAUUUUAUACUUACCCGACUCAUUAUGACUACCAACAAAAGCACUCGUCAAAUUUUAUUGUCGCUGAUUGAUGACAUGGAGCUGAUUGCCAAAGAAAUGAUUGAAAACACAAUAGCUCAAAAGCAUCUUAAAUUAUCAGGGACAGAAUACGGUCAGCUGGUGCAAUUGUUGGUCGCUAAAAACAAUGAUUUGAAGUCAAUGCUCAAGCAGGCUACUGAGCAAGAAAAAAUAAAUAUUAAAAUGGAAGCUCUCAAAGCCGAGGUCGACAAACAGGACCAGGAUAUACAGCAGCUGCAGCGUCAACUGAAGGAAGCUGAACAAAUUUUGGCGACGGCUAUUUAUCAAGCCAAGCAGAAACUCGAGUCAAUUGCGCAGGCUAAUAAAAAGCCAGUACCUUCUGAGGAGCUUAUUAAAUUUGCUCACAGAAUCAGUGCUUCAAAUGCUGUUUGCGCCCCUUUGACUUGGCAACAAGGUGAUCCCAGACGACCGUAUCCAACUGACAUUGAAAUGAGACUAGGAUACUUGGGGCGUCUUAGCGAUUUACCUCUCAAUGGCUCAUUACUAGGAUCUCAUCCAGGGAUGCCGGCUGACUUACACAGAACUGGUGCAGGCAGCGGUACUGGAAGUCACCCAGAACCACCCGCGUCUUUAGCAAAUCAAUUUGCCUGGCACCCAUCCGGAGAAUCAAUGAAUAUUACCAUGGGUGGAGGUGCUGGACAAGGAAGUGUGCCUAUCAAUACCCACAAACAGGAAAAUGAAGAUGUUGAAGUUAUGUCCACCGAUUCAUCCAGCAGUUCUUCCAGUGAUUCACAGUAAAUUUACGCCUCAAAUCUCCAUCAUCACUCAAUUAUUUUUCUAAACGCUUUUUUGUGUAUAUAGUUUUUUUUUUUUUUUUUUAUAAUAAAAGUCGUAC